AUGGAGCGUACCUCGACCUACAUCAAAGUCUGGUUCUGGCCUCGUAACUCGGGGGCGGUUCCGAGCCAAGUUAGAAACGGCGCGAGCUCGAUCGACACUUCGACCUGGGGAAGGCCGUUCGCCUUGUUUGUCAACUCGAGCUGCAAUAUUGCUAGCAAGUUUGGGCCCGAGAAUAUUAUUAUCAACUUGACUUUCUGCGGAGACUGGGCUGGUGGUGUUUACGGCAACUCUGGAUGCCCCGGCAGCUGCGUUGACUAUGUCAACAACAACCCUGCCGCAUUCAAGAACGCCUACUGGGAUAUUGCCGCUCUCCGCGUCUACCAGUAA